CGGCGCAUCGCGGUCGCCAUGGCGCUGUGCGGCCGCUCCGCGCUCCUCCCGCCGCCCCCGCGGCACCGGCCCCGGCCCCGAGCCCCGGGGCCCUUCGUCAGCUGCAGCCGCCUCCGAAAUAUUCAGAGUAUCCUGACACAGAGCAGCAAAUCUCAGCCUGAUGGAAUCCUCUGCAUUUUAGGGAUAGACAGUCGAUACAAUGAAGGGUGCAGGGAGCUGGCAAAUUAUCUGCUCUUUGGUUUGUACAACCAGAACAACAAUGACUUUGAAAGGACAGGUUUUCCUGAGGAAGUUCUGGAUGAUAUAAUCAUAUUAAUAAAACCUGACAGUGUUCAUCUGUACUGCAACCCUGUGAAUUACAAUCAACUUUUACCCUAUGUGGCACACUGGAGGAACUUGCAUUUCCACUGUCUGACUGAAAAUGAGUAUGAGGAUGAAGAAGCUGCAGAGGAAUUCAAGAUUUCCAGCUUUGUGGACAUGGUCAGGGAUUGCAGCCGCAUCGGGAUCCCCUACAGCUGCCAAGGCCACCUGCAGAUCUUUGACAUGUUCAUUGUGGAGAAGUGGCCGAUCGUCCAGGCCUUCGCGCUCGAGGGGAUCGGGGGCGACGGCUUCUUCACCAUGAAAUAUGAAUUAAUGGAUGUCAGUGCUGAUUUGUGGAAGACCUACAGCAAAAUGGAUCCUGUGUCCUUGGAGGAUUUGCUUUUUGAGGAUUUAAUGAUUUUUGAACACCAAUGGACCAAUUUUUUUGCUAAUUUUGACACUGAAAUUCCCUUCAUUCUGGAACUCUCAGAAUCUCAGGCUGGGGAGCCCUUCAGAAGUUAUUUCAGCCAUGGUAUGAUCUCAAGCCAUAUAACAGAUAACAGCCCGAGCCGCCAGCCCUUUGUCCUGUUUGGCAGCCACUCCACAAAGGAAAACUUGAACACUGGGAACUUUAAUUUUCCAUCUGAAGGACAUCUGGUCCGAAACACUGGCCUUGGUGGAAGCACUGCCAAGCAUAUGGUAGUGCAGUGUGUAUCUCCAAAGGGACCUCUGGCUUGUUCAAGGACCUAUUUUUUUGGAGCCACUCACAUUCCUUUCCUGGGAAAUGACAAUGAGAUGCACAAGCAAGCUGAGCAAGUUACGCUGUUGUCGCAAAUAUAUUCUGCUGUUGUAGAGGCUGUGCUUGCUGGCAUUGAGUGCUAUGCUAAAACUUCCACUGAAUCCAAGGCAAAGGAGGUGGCAGAGCAGGUGCUGCUGUCUGUGUUAGACACCCUUGGCUUAGCACAGCUGAAAUCUGCUCUACGCUCCAAAAUUGCUUUUCAAAUCCAGGCUGUGAACAACCAUGGCAGAAUUACUCCAUUAGAUAACGAGGACAGCCUGAGUUUGAUCAAAACGGCAUCCAUGAUGGUGUUUGACAUUCCAGACCUGCUCACAGGCAGAGGAUGCUUGGGAUCUGUUGUGUUUUCAGAGUCCUUCCUGACAUCACAGAUACAGGUCAAAGAAAAAGAUGGCAGCAUCCAGCCAGACUCCAGACACGUUAUCCUGACUGCAGCUAUCCCAAGAUUUGCUUCCUGGCUGGUUGAAGACAGUGAUGUGAAAUUGUCUGAAAAGGCACAGCAAGUAUUGAAGGAGGACAAAUCUUUCCUGGGCACUUUACUCACUGGGGGUGAUGGAGUUUAUAUCUGUUCCAGCAACCCACAGGCCAUGCCUGCAGAAGGCAAACUGUAUUUCUUUUCUGAUGGAAUUCUGUUCUGUGAUCCCCACCACGGCAGCAUUUCCAUUUCCAAGAACCACAUGAGUUCCAUUUCUCUCUAUGAUGGGGAUUCCAACAGCAUUGUUGCUGCUCUCUUUAUAGACUUCAGAAGUUCCCUGCUCCCUCAUCUCCCCAUUGAAUUCCACACGCAGAACAACUUUCUGAUGAUUGCACUUUUCCCCAAAAGAAAGAUUUAUAAAGCUUUUUAUUCACAGGUUUUCUCUGCAUGGCAAAACCAGACAAACUCAGGAUUAUCUUUAAGGGUUGUCCCAGAAGAAUUCCUGUCUGAGGAACAAAAGAGGCUGCAUUCCAGUGUCCAGAAGCUUUUCAAUGCCUUGUCUUUUGCUUCUGGGGAAAGAUGCAGGGAGCUGAAACUGUCUGCUGCCAUUCCAGGAUUGGAGAGGUUUGUGCAGCACUUCACAGUCAGCAGUGUCAGCACCAAACCAGUGAUGAGGGCACAUCUUCCUGUCCUUCUCCAACAGUCAGAAACCAUUUCUGACAGCAAAGCAGAAGGUGGUAAGGUGAUCAUCACCAUCCUCACUGGGCUCCCAGGGUGCCGUUCCAGCGACCUCUGCUCUUUCCUUGUCACUUUUACCAAGGAGCAUGGCAGGUGGAUUGUGUAUCGGCAGACCAUGGACAGCCCGCAGUGUUUCAGUGCCUCCCACUUCCAGCGCUUCCUGGCCGGGCUCCUGGAGGCCCAGCACAACCUUGGAGUCCAUCAGCCCAACCACACUGGGAAGAGGAACAGGCUCCUGGUGGUGCUGCAAGGGUACACUGAUGUUAUUGAUGUUGUGCAAGCUCUGCAGACUCACCCUGACCCAGAUGUGAAAUCUUCUUUCAUCAUUGGAGCAAUCAACACUUGUGUGGAGCCUCUGAGCUGCUACAUGGAACACAGGCUUCUUUUUCCCAAGUUCUUGGACCAGUGUUCACAAGGACUGGUGAGUAACGUGGUUUUCACAAGUCAUGCCACAGAGCAGAGGCACCCACUCCUGGUGCAGCUGCAGAGCCUGAUCCGAGCAGCAAAUCCUGGAGUUUCCUUCAUCCUGGCAGAAAAUGGGAUUGUAACAAGGAACGAGGAUAUUGAACUAAUUCUCUCAGAAAGCAGUUUUUCAAGUCCUCAGAUGAUGAGAGCUCGAUAUUUAAUGUACCCUGGCUGGUACGAGGGCAGGUACGGGGCUGGGCCCGUGUUCCCUCCCAUGGUUCAGAUCUGUGUGUGGUUCAGCCGCCCUCUGGAGAAAACGCGAUUUGUCACCAAAUGCAAAGCAAUUAAGUCGUUGCUCAAGCCAAGUCCUUUUUCUGGAAACAUUUAUCACAUCAUGGGCAAAGUGAAGUUUUCAGAUGCUGAUAAAGUCAUUGAAGUGUGUCACAACACAGCAGCAAAUUCCCUAAGCCUGGUGCCUGUUCCGGAGGGGCCAACUCCUCCCGAUUCCAGAAAUGAUCCCAGAGACUGCAGCAGUCAACAGGAAUAUUUCCUUGUGUUCAUUGGCUGCUCCCUGAAGGAAGAGGAUAUCAAAGAUUGGCUCAGAGAAACUGCAAAACAGAAACCUCAGAGGAAAGCCCUGAAAACCAGAGGAAUGUUAACUCUUCAGGAAAUCAAGAACAUCCACGUGAAACGCCACUUGGAUCCACUCCCAGCUGGUUAUUUUUACAAUGGGACUCAAUUUGUGAAUUUUUUUGGUGACAAAAUGGAUUAUCAUCCAUUAAUGGACCAGUUCAUGAAUGAUUACUUGGAAGAAGCCAACAGAGAAAUUGAGAAGUACAACAGGGAGCUGGAGGAGCAGGAGUACCACGACCUGUUUGAGCAGAAGAUUUAAGCACGUGGAUCCUGAGUGUUCCUGUCCUUGUGUCAGGAACCAAAAAUGCUAUUUUGUCCUUCUGGCUCACCAGAAAUCGAGUGAAAUGUCUGUUUUCAGCACUCCUUCCCAAACUAAGGGAUUGUUCCCCUAAGGUUGGCAUUUAACACGGUAACUGCUUAGCUGUUUGUACUGUCAGGAUUGCUUCCACUUCACCUUAAUUCCAGACUGUACAAAGCAUCACCUGGAAUCUCUGGCUUGUGGUGGAAACGUGGGAAAAAGAAGAAGAAGGAGGAGAAAAGAAGCAAAACUGGAUUUAUUUCCUAAAAAAAGGUCAGAAUGUAAUUGUGGAAUUGGGCCAUGGUGCAGAUAUCAAACAAUCCCUGGAUGUCCCUUGGAAAUCAUUGCACAGGAGCAUCAAUGGUCAGUGGGGAGUUCAGGGUGUGGGAUUGGGGUGUUCCCAAAGCCAGAAAUGGGGGAACAGAUUCGGAGGAGUCCCCAAUCCCAGAACUGUUUGGGUGUUCCCAAAGCAAAAAAUGGGGGAAUAAUUUAAAAAAGUAAGAGAGUCCCUAAUCCCACAGCUGCUGGGCUGUUCCCAAAGCGAGA